AUGCUCCAUUCCACGGCUUCUGACCUCUAUGAGGAGUGCUGUGCACUCUACGGGGUGCGGCCGAACAGGGACGUGGCGCAGCAGCUGGCCAGGCCCAACUUUCUCACCAUCCGGGAACUCGAUGCUUCGAGAACUUUUCUCGGCGAGUUGGGCGUGCGGGCACUCCUGGAGUUCGUUGGGAGCCACGCCGGGAUUCGGCGUCUCGUUCUCACAAAGAAUGGCGUCGAUGCGGCUUGCGUGGAGCACCUCUGCAGCGUCCUGCGCGAGAGUCCGUCGCUUUCUUCCGUCGACCUGUCCCAGAACCCCAUGUCGACGCCCUCCGUGCGGCUCCUUUGGGAAACAGUGAGGGCCGUACCGCACCUUCAAGAGGUGAAGAUUGACAACUGCGGCGUAAGCGAGGAUUGGGUGAAUCGACUGGGCCGCUGCUGCAAGGCGAACAGUGAGUUGCAGCACCUUGGUUUCUAUCCGUACGGCCCAGAGCGCAGCCUUCGGAGCUGGGAAACGGUAUUCGUGCUCCUGCUUGGUCCGGAGCCUCUCGUGCAGGCCUACUGCAGGGAUGCCCUGCCGUAUGUUGGAAGCUUUCUGUCGCGGCUCCGUCUACGGAUUGCUCCGCUUACUAUAGAAAAGACGGAUACUCAUGACGUAGUCAUGAGCAAAGUCUGGCGAUGUAAGUCGAGCUACAACUACGCGUUAAGUUGGUGCGUUGUCCUAAUAGAUGAGGCGACGCAGUGGACGGAUCCGGAUAUCAGUGCCCUGACUGCCGUGCUGCGGCAAGAGGAACCUGUGGUCCCUCCGCUGCGGAACAAGUUUGGUGUCCUUCGCGACCCGAUACACCGCUGCGCGAAGCACCUGUUUGUAUAUGUGCUGCUCUUUCUCUAUGAGGACGAGCUGAAUGGAGGUGGACGCGUCUCCACAGUUCAAUCCGGUGUGUGGCUUGCCGCAAUGGGCAUUACCGUGUCGGAUGGCGUGCAAGUUCCCCCCGCAGUGGCCUUGCCCAGCGAGCGAAGCUGGAGAAUACGCUGUCCGACUGAUAUUUGCACCGCCUUGUACUCCGUUUUCUCAGAGCGGCCUCGUUCUAUGACGUUCCUGGAGGAGGACAAGGAGUCUGCCGAAAGGGUGUGGGAGACAAUUGAACGCGAAAAAAGCAUCGGCUCGCUGCAUCCAAGAUGCAAUGACAUUGUCCACUACAUGGAGAGGUCUGCCGGACAGUUGUCGGUUCCUUUGAUUUUGUACGGUGCGGGUGACCUCGGAAAGCCCCAGAUUGUGUCUUGGGUGGCCGCAAACUAUGCCACAGUGGAAUCGCUCCGUGUCGUUCCAUAUCAUGUGAGCCACGAGGCUCGGAGCCUCGUCGUGCUCUUGUUUCACCUCCUCCGCGUCUUUUCAAGGAAACCCAGACGGGUGUAUCGUAGUGUGGAGGAGCUCUCCCUGGACGUCCGUGGGGCCAUCUCUGCCUACGACGGUCAAAUGGUCCUGCUGUUGGUUUCUUCCAUCGACCACCUGGACGGCUGCGGAGGCCGGGAGUCGUCCGUGCUCGAAUGGCUUCCGGCGUCUCUGCCGCCGUCUGUUCGCGUCAUUGUCUCGCUAAACACGGAGAGCCCGCUUCUCACAGCCCUUCGGAAACGCAUGCCGCAGCCGUACGAGCUGCUCAUUACAUCGCUGCCAAAGCAGGUGCGGGCCGAGUUGUUUCUCCAGGAGCUUUUGCGGCGUGGUGUGAGUGGGGCGUCAUCCGCAGCCGCGCAGCCGACGAGGAGUGGCAGCUCUGCCCUUCGGUUUGAGCCCACCAAGUCGCUGGAAAGUGCCUUUUUGCUGAAGGAUGGCUCGGAAAGCGUGCACUUUGGGAUGUACACGGCUGCGCUCCUCCAGCGAAUGCCGGAAGAUUUGCUCGAGUGGGACACUGCGUUUCUUAUGGCUGAGGAGGUGCCGGACACCCUGGAUGAGAUCAUCACGCUGUUGCUGAGACGGUAUGAGGCGCUGAGCGACACACUCACGGUUCAGUAUCUCACAAUGAGCCUUGUUGCGUCGCCGCUGCCCAUUUCUGAGGUUACUUACAUCUGUGAGGAACUCGGGCCCUGCGCACGCCACAAAACUCUACCGGUGAUUUUGAUGAUGUCGGACGACGGUCUCUUAACUGUCACCUCCGACUCCGUCGUCCACUUGUCGGGCUCUGAUGUGCGGCGGGUGGUCUUGAAACUCUACGCCGACAUGCAGGACACUCUCAGUGUACUGGUGGAGACACAUCUGUUUCGGCUGGUCAAGACGCGAAGUCCCGAUAUGUCCUUCUGCUUCAGACAUCUGGCACCAAUCAUGAUCGCAAACGGUAGCCUUGUGGCCGCCUACGAGCUCGUCUUGAGUCCAAUUUACAUGGACGCUUUGCUGAGUCGCGAUCCAGAAAACGGCAACUAUGCCGUUGAUUUGGUCUUUUCUCUGUUAAGCACACGUCAGUUUCUGCUGGAAUUGGAUGUCGGCGCUUCUAGCUCAAUGAAAGCGAACAUUGACGGUCUUGUCCGUGGGGCUCUGCAAAGUGCCCUUGAAGCCUUGCAGUCGUACGAUGGAUGCUUCUUCCAGGCCGCCUUGUUGGCCUCCGACGUCUCGCCGUAUCAGGUGCGGGCGAUGAAGGCAACGGAGGUUCCCUACACCGUGCUUGUCCCCCUGAACCGCGGCGAUGAGGAUGACGCAACACACUCUUUGGAGUGCAAGCAUCUACCUCUGUAUUGCCAUUUGUGGGGGGAGUAUCUCGUGGUGACAACAACGCAGGAGGUUAUCGUGUACUCUGCAGCGAACUUUGAAAACGAGAUUGCGCGGUCAUUUUUACCGUUUGAGGCCAACCAGAAUCUUUGCGGCUCCCUAGUUGCUGCGGGAACCCGUGUCGUCGUGGUUGGCAAUGGACAGUUGCUGUUGUGGGACUUUGCCAGUCAAUCAUUUACGAUGUUUGAAGACACCACCACCUCCCUGAAUGAAAAUGCAUUGGACUCCUUUGGCCUCAGCCUCCUCGUUCGCCACCCCUCGAAGGAGCAGUUCUCCAUCAUUGACGUGUCCAAAAAGAAGGUUGUCAUGGAGCUCCCGACAUUUGAGGCGCCUGUGCGUGAGGCGCUCUAUUGUGGCAGUGGGAUUCUUGCCCGCGCUCUCUACGACUUAUUCCUCUUGCGGGAGGAGGAGGAGGCGGUGAUGAAGCUUGCGCACUCAGGCGCUAUUCGUGGUGUGAGUUUUUGCAGUGACAGUCGCCUUAUUGCGUCUUGCGUCAGGGAGAGUAUCUGGAUCUGGUCUGGGGCAGGGGAGCUGCUGCAUCUCAUCGACGCCGGCUUGACACCCGUUGAGGACCUUUGCUUUAAUGCAAGCGGGGAGUUGCUGCUCUCGUGGCAAAGUGAGGGGGUGAAGCUGUGGCGCUCGCUGAGUGGGGAUUGCGCGGGGGCCGUGGAGCCCUGCUUCGAUGAGCGGGCCUCCUUCAUUUGUUUCACGGAGGACGGCUCAAACAUUCUUGGUCGCUGUGGCGCACACAUUUAUCUCUGGGAUGUCCACACCCGUCAGCCGGCGGGGUGCUUACGGCCAGCACCGGCCACUUCACGUUUGUGCAGGAGCGAAAUCAAGUCAUCAUUGGGACAACCUCCCAGAAGGAGGUGA